GAACACAGCCGUCAGUUGUGUCUCAGUGUUUCAGCGAGGGGAGAAGUGGUUAUUUCAUGUAAACAUUGAUAGCCUUUAACCACAAAGACGUUUUAAUUUUGAACUUACGAAUGGUGAAAAUAUCCGGGGAGCUCCUGUUAAACAGCAAUAGUUUUGGCUUUUAGAAAGCACCCAGACAGUCGUGUUUUCCCGAAGCUAUCAUGCUAAACACAGAGGAGAGUUCCUGGUUGAUGGGCUCGUUGAUGCCCUGCUCCAUCCCUCAGGCUCCAGGGCCUCUGUGGUGCUCCGAUGCCCCUCACCCACAGCUGAAGAUCCCGGGUGGGCGAGGGACUGUCAGGGAUCACUCUCACAGCGUGCUACUACACCAGGAUGACAAGUUGACGGUGACGGAGGCCGCUCCAGUGAACGGGAACCCCGCUCUCCUCCGCUUCCACUACCAGCUGAGCGAACGCCGCGCAGCCUUCUGGGAAACGGCUCUGUCCGGAGACAGCCUCUUCCUGGAGAUUCCUGCUGGUGCGCUGGUGGAAGGGAGCAAAGAGGGGCUGACCGCCCUGCUGGAGUUCGCAGAGGAGAAGCUGAAAGUGAACUUCGUCUUCCUGUGGUUCCACAAAAGCCGAGAAGAUCGAUUUUCCAUCAUCAGGACGUUUCACUACAUCGGCUUCGAGAUGGUGAAGCCGGGUAACCCCAUGGUACCGGCCCGGCCCGACCUGGCUUUUAUGGUGUAUUCUCUGGACGACAGCAGCUCUGAUGAAGAGUGACCGCCCCCUGACUCCUCCCUCUCCCACCCACCCCAAUCCCCACAAAAAAGCCCUCCCACCCCAUCCAUCACUGAUGGAGGAGCCACCGUUUGUCAUGUUGACUCAUUAUAAAUUGGGAUUACUGUGUGAUUACCCCCCCCCCCCCCCCCCCCCUUCCUACAGACUGUGGAAGCAGCAGAAUUUGAAGGGAGUCCCCCCCUCCCCCGCUUGUCCUUUGUUUGGGUAGCAGCUGGACGUUCAGGAGACGGAGCGGUUUGACAUUAAUAUCCAGCAUAUCUCUCAGCAUAUUUUUUUAUAAAGAGGCUGGGCUUCUGGGGGGGGUGAAUGGUGAACAGUGGGGGUGGGGCCAGGCUCUGUGAUGUAGACGGAUCCACGCUUCAGUGUUCGUUUCCCGGCAGUUCCUCAUGUCCAGCCAUCAUUCCAGCACGUUUGACUGUUUCAGAAGCUUUAAAAGACCCCCCCCCCCCCUCCUCCCCCCUCCUGUGCUGCACGCACGCCCGACUCUUUAACGGCACACGGAGGCAAACCCCAGCUUUAGGCCACAAGCGUGUGCUGCGUCCCGUCUUCCCUGAAGAUACAUCCAAGCUGGAGGGGCUCAUUCAGGGCUGUGCCUCAAGAAGCCGCUGCAAUGCUUUUACUCUGAAGUCUUACUGAUCCCAUCAUUGAUCCACUCCCAUUCAGAAGAAACCAGGAAGUGAUCACUUUUAUGCAAGUAGAGUUAAACCCAGCAAAGGUUGCUUUUUUUUUUUUUUUAAAGGUCUCUCUAUACAUGCCAAAGAAUCCGGACUGAUCCAGACUAUCUGCUUAUCUUAACCUAAUAUGGUAUGCAAAGCAAUCUUAACCUACAUUCCCCACAUGCACCAUAUUUCUGCUGCCCCCCCUCUCAGAAACGAGCCGGUUUUCCUCCUUCCUGCAUGGGAUCCUGUCUUUAUGGAGUAAAGACGGGACGUCUGAAGUGAAAUGCUAACACAUGAAGAUUCUCAGAGGUUUAUUUUUAUCUAUGAAUGAUUCUCUACUGUUGUGAUAGUUUCAGAGGGUUUGCUUUUCUUCUGUUCUGAUUAGUUAGCAACCAUUGUGUUACAGUCCACUCUUGUAUUCUUCACAGUUUAUUGCCUUUUGGGGUGGGUGAAUAAAAGAUAAUGAAAAACUUU